GACGACUUUACCGGACUGAACGCUUCUCCUCCUUCUGAGCUCAGAGUGGCAUCACGGAGCCCCAACUAUCUGCAUCCAUACCCCGGCCUGAAGCAACGUGACAAGCCGCUGAACACCCGCUUUUACCCUCAGGAUGGAGGAUGUAACUCCGGUACCAAAUAACGGACAAGGAGCCCCGUGGACACGGCGGAGGGGCAGCGGGGACUUGUGAACAUCCUCCCGGUGGAAGGAUACUGUCACACCGGCGUGUUUUAUGCUGAAUUUUAAUCUUUUUCCUACAAUGUCACCAUCAAGGAGACGCGGCUGAGGCACCUGCUCUUCUUUUUCCCGGGUCUUCGCUGACCAUUAACCUCCUCAACGGUUUCCAACGGCUAACGUUAGCUCCGGUAUGAGCAGAACCGAACCUUCCUGUCACAUCUGACCCGGGUCUGGGGGGGUGGUAGGCGGCAGGCUGCUGCUGGUGGUGGUGGGGGACACAGUUUGUGGAUGAGAACCGGUCACCGGGCCGGAUUCCGUACGGAGCGGAGGAGGUGGAGGAGGAGGGAGGAGCAGAAGCUGCGGGGAACCGAUCUGACAACCUCAUCCCCGGGGGGAGAGAAGCAGCGAGGCGGCCAGAGGAGGAUGUGAAGAUGGGUCUAGUUUUCGGUCUCCUGUGGCUGUUUACCGGCUUCUUGCAGGGCGUGCACGGCCAGGGCGUGUACGCGCCCCCUACAGUGCGCAUCGUGCACUCAGGUCAGGCCUGUAACGUGGAGGAGGAGCGCUACAGUGAGCGGGUUUACACCAUCAGAGAGGAGGAGACUCUGGAGCUGCAGUGUCUGGUGACUGGACACCCCCGACCACAGAUUCGUUGGACGAAGACGGCGGGCGGAUCUUCGGACCGUCAGGGCGACCCGACGCUGCAGAACGAAACUCUGAAGAUCACAAACAUCAGCCGCCACCAGGGGGGGCGCUACUACUGCAAGGCCGAGAACGGACUGGGAUCCCCCGCCAUCCGGUCCAUACGAGUGGACGUCUACUUCCUGGACGACCCGAUGAUAACGGUGCAUCAGAGCGUCGGUGAAUCGAAGGAGCAUUUCUACUUUGAGAGGACGGUGUUCCUGCGCUGCGUCGCCAACUCCAACCCCCCCGUGCACUACAGCUGGAGGAGGGGUCGGGAGGCGCUGACGCAGGGCUCCGACGCCGGGGUGGAGAUCUACGAGCCGUUCUUCACACAGGGCGAGACGAAGAUCUUGAAGCUGAAGAAUCUUCGCCCUCAGGAUUACGCCGUCUACACCUGCAUCUCCUCCGUCAGGAGCGUCUGCGGCAUCACGGACAAGAGCGCCCGCUUCAAUCUGAACAACAGGACAGCUCCUCCCUCCGUUAAGCUCCUCCUGGACGACCCCCUGGUGGUGAACACGGGGGAGACCAUCACUCUGGUCUGCGUGGCGUCGGGCGGGGACCCUCCUCCCGCCUUAGAGUGGGUGAGGCCGGGAGGGGAGGAGCUCCCGAAGAGGAGCGUCGUCAACGGCGGCACGCUGACCGUCCCCGCCAUCACCCUGGAGGACGGCGGCGCCUACACCUGCAUGGGCUCCAACAACGUGGGGAACCCCGCCAAGAAAACCACCACCAUACUGGUCAGAGGUCUUCGUAAAGGUCGGUUCUGGAUCACCCCCGACCCGUACCACAACGACGACAACAUCCAGAUUGGCCGGGAGGUGAAGAUCAGCUGCCAGGUGGAGGCGACGCCGCCCGAGGAGCUGCAGUUCAGCUGGUUGAAGAACGGCCGGCCGCUCCGGAGCUCCGAGCGGAUGGUCAUCACUCACACCGACACCGAGAUCACGCCGGGAACCACCAACUUGGACAUCAUCGACCUCAAGUUCACCGACUUCGGCACCUACACCUGCGUGGCGGCGCUGAGGAACGGAGGGACCCCCGAGAUCAGCAUCGACGUCAACAUCUCCUCCACCACAGUUCCUCCAGAGCUCAGCGUCCCCAGGGGGCGCUCUCACCUCGUCGCUCAGGAGGGCGACACCGUGGACCUGCAGUGUCUGGUCUCAGGGAAACCCAAACCCAUCCUCCUGUGGUCCCGGGUGGAGGAGAGCGGUGCGGCGGCUGCAGCAGCGGCCACGGUGAUCCUGAUGCCGGACGGCUCGGAGCAGACGGAGAGCUACGACGGCGUCCUGAGGAUCAGCAACGUCACCAGGGAGAUGGGUGGGACCUACCGCUGCCAGACCAGCCAGUACAACGGCUUCAACGUGAAGCCCAGAGAGGCUCUGAUCCAGCUGGUGGUGCAGUUCCCCCCCAACGUGGAGCCGGUGUACACAGAGAUCCGUCAGGCUCUGGGCCGGGCGUUCAGCCUCACCUGCCGCCUGCUGAGAGCUCACCCGGCGCGCCUCCUGCGGUACGAGUGGAAGCUGGGCUCCCGCCUCCUCACCGUCGGACAGUUCAGCGACCAGCGCGACGACACCAGCUACCUCGUCAAAGCUCUGAACCGGGAGGGCUACGGCGAGUACACCUGUGACAUCACCAACGAGGCCGGGGCGGGCCGUUGCACCUUCCUGGUCACUGGGAAGGCCCACGCUCCAGAGUUCUACUACGACACGUACAGCGCUCUGUGGCAGAACCGACCGCGAGUCUACGGCUUUAAGCUGCAGUGGACUCAGAUGGAGCCCAGCGCCGUGGACCGGAUCCUGGCCUACAGACUCGGCAUCAGGCAGAUGACUCAGUCUCGCUGGUGGGAGCAGGAGAUUCCCAUCGAGGGAAACAUCCAGAAGGGAGAGCUGCUGACCUAUAACCUGACUGAACUCAUCAAACCCGAGUCCUACCUGGUGCGCCUCACCCCCAUCACCCGCUACGGAGAGGGCGACGCCACUGAACGCAUCAUCACCUACAGCGCUCCCGUUAACCCACAUCUCAGGGAGUUCCAGUGUGGCUUCGAGGACGAGGCGGUGUGUUUGUUUUCUCAGGACAAAACAGACGUGUUCGAUUGGACUCGUCACAGCGCCGCCACGCGAGACACCAAAUACACACCGAACACCGGACCCAGCACCGACCACGCCGGCUCCAAGCAGGGUUUCUACAUGUACAUCGAGACGUCGAGGCCGAGGCUGGAGGGGGACAUGGCCCGGCUGCUGUCCCCCACCUUCAACAUGAACUCCAAGAUCUCCUCCAACCCCGUCACCAACAACCCCACCUACUGCUUCGCCUUCUACUACCACAUGUACGGGAAGCACAUCGGAUCUCUGAACGUCUUUCUACGUCAGAAGGCUCAGACGAUGACGGACACAUCCGUCUGGACUCUGACCGGUAACCAAGGAGACCGCUGGCGACGAGCCAAGGUCAACAUCCACCCGACCGCACCCUUCCAGAUGGUGAUGGAGGGAGUCCGAGGCGCCGGCAUUGAGGGAGACAUCGCCAUCGAUGACGUAACCAUAGAGGAGGGCGAAUGUAAAGACCCUCCCCCAAACAAUCUAAGGUCGCUUGCCCCGCCCUCAUCGCCCCAUAUAUGGCAGCUGUGCAUCACUCUGAGUCUGGCUCUGAUUGGCCGGCAGAGGUGACCCCCCCUCUCUACAGGACGCCACAUGCUUUGACUCUUCUUACCCUAACCCUUCAAUCCCAUCAUCCCCCAUCAUUAAAUCCCCCCCACCCCCCCAACUACCAAAGAUGAGGUCAGAGCUUCAGAGAGGGCUGGCAUCAAAAGGUCAGCAGAUCACAUGGAGUCAGGUUAGCGGGUUCUGAAUGCUUUCACUCUUUAUGCUAAGCU